AACAGAACGAGUUCUUUCUGAAUACAAACUUCCAACAUCCCCCUCUCUCUCUCUCUCUCUCUCUCUCUCUCCGGUUCUGCCUCGUCAAAUCUCAAUAGUUCGUUUAACGUAGAGCUCCCUUCAGUCUCAAAUUUAUAUACAGUUUUUUCACAGUCUGUGUGCUUAUAUAAUUUCUCUAUCUCUCUCUCAAUUAAUUUGUCCUGCGUUCUUGGCACAUCGUGGAGCACGGGUGGGAGAGUCAAAUUGGCGGGAACCAACGGUUGAUUCUGAGGUUCUAGGAAUUGGGUUCUACUGGGAUUUGAGUUUGUAUUUCUUUUUAUUUGAUUCCAUGGCUAACCCGUCUGGAAGCCAUCAGGAGGCAUCGUCUUCUCCGUUCAAUGGCCACGCGGCCGCUGAUGGGAACACGAGCAAUGAGAAUUCAGGUGCGCCGCCGGAAAACCAGGUCAUGAAGCACAACACGGGAAUCUCCUUGGACUGGACCGCGGACGAGCAGGCCAUACUCGAAGAAGGGCUCGCAAACUUUAGCUCAGAACCGUUCUUAAGACGCUGCUCAAUGAUUGCUAUGAAUCUUCCAGAGAAGCUUGUUCGGGAUGUGGCAUUGCGCUGUCGAUGGAUGACUAAAAAAGAAAAUAGCAAGAGAAGGAAGGACGAACAUAAUUUAACAAGGAAACACAAAGACAAAAAGGAAAAAGUCAAUGAUCCUUCAGUUAAGUCAUCUCCCUUUGCGGCACGGCCGAAUGUUCCCACAUAUGCUCCACCAGCAAUGGAUAAUGAUGAUGGCAUCUCAUUCAAAGCUAUUGGCGGUGCCACGGGAGAGUCUCUGGAGCAAAAUGCACAGGCCUUACAUCAAAUUUCUAUAAACCUUUCAGCUAUGCAGCUGCAGGACAACAUAAGUCUCUUCUGUCAAACCCGCGAUAACAUCCACAAAAUCAUGAAUGACUUGAGCUUGAAUGGCACGCCGGAGGUAAUGAAGCAAAUGCCACCACUGCCAGUGAAGUUGAAUGAAGAGCUAGCUAACUCCAUGCUGAAUCGCACAAACCUUCCAAUGAAAUGAUCACCCUUAUCCUUACCUAGGUU